AUGAGCAGACUCAACAACGCUAUCAAAGCCGGCCAAACCGUCAUUGAACUCGGCCAAACGGCCAACACUUUCGCCGGCCAUGCCAACCAGUUCCGCACCGCGGACAAGAAGGAGAUGGGUCGCCAGGUUGAAGACAUGGGCCGACAAGCUGGACGCUCUGCUUUCAAUGAAGGCGCCGAAACAGGCAAGACCAUGGGCAAGACCUGGCUCAAGACCUUCGAAACAGUCCCUCGUCUCAUCUGCCGCGGUCUUCAAUUCAUUUUUGCCCUCAUUGCAGUCGGUUUCUAUGGCCAUCGCGUUGACAAAGCGGGCGAUGACGACUACAACUACGGUUUCUCACCAGAAUGGUACUUCGCCCUCACAAUUGCUGGUCUCGCUGCCGCAACUUCUCUCAUUUUCGUCGCCAUUACACCCCUUGGCUCUCUCCCCGUCAUCGGCAGUAGAAUCAAGUUCCUCAAGACCUACCGUGCAUUCGCCUGGGAUCUCAUCCUCUUCAUCACAUGGCUCGUCGUCUUCGGCAUCUUCGCCGGUAUCUUCCUCCCCCGAGACAGCGACGACAAGUACAAGGGCGCCAGCACAGGUGCCAUGAAGACAGCUGUCUGGAUUGACCUCGUCAACGCUAUCCUGUGGCUUGUCUCUGGUGUGUACGGCUGCCUCAAGACUUUCUUGGGUGACAAGGCGGAUCAGAUGACAGACAAGGUUGGGGAGAAGCUGUUCACCAAGAAGCAGAAGCAGCAGCCGGCUAAAGAGGUCGACGCUCAGAGUGUUUAA